GGAGGAGCGGGGAGGGGGAGUCUGCAGAGCAGACAAAAUGCGAAGCCCUCCCCGCAAGUGUGUCUGUGCGGGAGGCGGGUGGGCGCAGUUUGUCGGAGACCGAGGUAGAGAAGGGUGAGGGGGCGGCCAAAGUGGAGAGGGGUCAGCAGCAGCCGGAGCAUGCUCUCCACGCAACAGUUCCCUGCCCUGCCCGCGGAGGAGGAGCGCUACCGGCAGGUCCUCUCCGCCAGCCGGGUCUUAGGAACAGAUGAGGAUAAUAUGGGGGAUGGUUGCUCUCAGAAACUGGCUUCUGCCAAGUUCCUUCGACUUUUGCUCCUGAUACUGAUUCCAUGCAUCUGUGCCCUUAUCCUUUUGCUGGUGAUCCUGCUUACCUUUGUAGGAGUGUUAGAAAAAACAUGCUUUUACUCAAAUGGAAGUGAGGGCCUCACAGCUAAUGGUGACUUUGAAACGUCUCAUGAUCUUUUUCCAAAUAUAGUUGAAAAUAGUUCCAAGACUGAUCCCACAGUGGAUCACAGCACACAGCCCUCUUCCUGGACCACCAUGCCUUUAUCCCACAAUGACCAAAUGAACAAGAACUCAAAUACUUUUAGAGAGUCUUUCCAGGAAAAUUCCUUUGUUCCUCCAACUCAAGCCCCAGUGCUCAGUCAUCAGCCUGCCUCUGACACUCCUUUGGCAGAGGGCUCUGAAGACAACACCCGGCUGUUUGCCACUGCAGAGGAGGUGACGCUGUGGUCUACAGAUGCUUCUUUUAACAACACAGAGAGGGUGACCACUCUGCCAGUAUUAAGUCCUACCCGUCCAUCUGUGUCACAAAAAAUGGAUCAGAAAAAAAGUGCCUGCAGAAAUAUCACCAACAGCCAGUGCCAAAUGCUGCCAUAUAACUACACCACUGUAACUUCAGUUCUUUCCAUUGUCAAAAGCAUUGAAAUGGAGAAGUUCCUGAAGUUCUUCAGUUACCUCAAUCGUCUCAACUGCUAUCAACACAUCAUGCUGUUUGGCUGCAGCCUUGCUCUCCCUGAGUGCAUCAGUGAUGGUGAUGACAGUCGAGGCCUCUUGCCCUGCAGGACAUUUUGUGAAGCAGCAAAAGAAGGCUGUGAACCCGUCCUGGGUAUGGUAAAUGCUUCUUGGCCAGACUUCUUGAAGUGCUCUCAAUUCCAAAACAGAGCUGAGAAUGACACCACGACAAGGGUAUGCUUCUCACCACACCAAGAAAAAGGAAAGCAGUUGCUGUGUGGAGGAGAGGAGAGUUUCUUGUGUGCCAGUGGGAUCUGCAUCCCAGGGAAACUGCAGUGUAAUGGCUACAACGACUGUGAUGAUUGGAGUGAUGAGGUCCAUUGUAACUGCAGUAAUGAUGUAUUUCGUUGUGACACGGGAAAAUGCCUCAAUUAUACCUUUGUUUGUGAUGGAUACGAUGACUGUGGAGACCUUAGUGAUGAACAAAAUUGUGAUUGUAAUCCAGUGACACACCACCAGUGUGGAGAGGGGAGAUGUAUAACAGCUGAUUGGGUAUGUGAUGGUGACCAUGACUGUAUAGACAAAUCAGAUGAGAUCAAUUGCUCAUGUCACAGUCAAGGUCUGGUGGAGUGCAGAAAUGGGCAGUGCAUUCCUAGUGCAUUCCAGUGUGAUGGAGAUAAUGAUUGUAAAGAUGGAAGUGAUGAAGAAAACUGCAGUGAAAAUCAAACCCUCUGUCAGGAGGGAGACCAGAGGUGCUCUUCCUGCCCUGAUCCCUGUGGAGCUUCUCCCUGUGAGAUGAGAAACAGCCAGGCAAACUGCAGUCAGUGUGAACCAAUUACUCUGGAACUUUGUAUGAACUUGCCUUACAACUAUACUUAUUACCCAAACUACCUGGGCCACAGGACACAGAAGGAAGCCUCUAUCAGUUGGGAGUCUUCCCUUUUCCCAGCUUUGGUUCAGACCAACUGCUACAAGUACCUGAUGUUUUUUGCCUGUACAAUCUUAGUACCAAAAUGUGACCCCCACACAAAUCAGCGGAUCCCACCUUGCAGGACAUUGUGUGUACAGUCCAAGGAACGAUGUGAGGCUGUGCUUGGGAUUGUAGGUCUGCAGUGGCCAGAAGAUACAGACUGCACUCAGUUUCCGGAUGAGAACUCGGACAACCAAACUUGUCUAACACCAGAUGAAGAUGUAGAAGAAUGCUCCCCCAGUCACUUCAAGUGCCGCUCUGGGAGGUGUGUGCUGGCCUCCAGAAGAUGUGAUGGCCAAGCUGACUGUGAGGAUGACAGUGACGAGGACAGCUGCGGUUGUAGAGAAAGGGGUCUUUGGGAGUGUCCUGUGAAGAAGCUGUGCAUCAAACACAGUAUGAUCUGUGAUGGUUUCCCAGACUGUCCUGACAUGAUGGAUGAAAAGAAUUGCUCAUUUUGUGGAGAGAGUGAACUUGAAUGUGCCAACCAUGAGUGUGUGCCACGAGAGCUCUGGUGUGAUGGGCAGGCAGACUGUAGUGACAGCUCCGAUGAAUGGGACUGUGUUACACUGUCUAAAAACACGAAUUCCUUGAUGCUCCUGACUGUUCACAGGUCAGCUGCUGAUAACCAUGUUUGUGCUGAUGAGUGGCAAGAAAACUUAAGCCAUCUGGCCUGCAAUCAGAUGGGUUUAGGAGGACCAUCCAAAACAGAAAUUGUAAUAGAGAAUGAGCAAAUGCAGGACCAAAAAUGGCUGAAUCUGCACUCAGACUGGAAGAAUAAGAAUGCAUCCACUUUACAUGCACUUCUAGUGAGUGGACAGACGUGUCAAAGCAGAAGCAAAGUGGCUCUCUUUUGCACUAAAGAAGACUGCGGCCGCCGCCCCGCUGCCCGCAUGAGCAAGAGGAUCCUGGGGGGCAGGACCAGCCGGCCGGGCCGCUGGCCGUGGCAGUGCUCCCUGCAGAGCGAGCCCAGCGGCCACAUCUGCGGCUGCGUCCUCAUCGCCAGGAGAUGGGUCCUGACCGUGGCGCACUGCUUCGAAGGGAGAGAAAAUGCAGCUGUCUGGAAAGUAGUGCUUGGGAUUAGCAAUCUUGAUCAUCCAUCAAGUUUCAUGCAGACCCGACUAGUGAGGACCAUCAUUCUCCAUCCACGCUACAACAGAGCAGUUGUAGACUAUGAUAUCAGCAUUGUGGAACUAGAUGAGGAUAUCAACGAGACAAGCUAUGUAAGACCUGUCUGCUUGCCCAGCAAGGACCAGCUGGUUCAGCCAGACACCUACUGCUACAUCACAGGCUGGGGACACAUGGGCAACAAAAUGCCUUUCAAGCUUCAAGAAGGAGAGGUUCGCAUAAUUUCCUUAGAACAAUGCCAGUCAUAUUUUGACAUGAAAAUCAUCACCAGCAGGAUGCUGUGUGCUGGCUAUGAAUCUGGCACCGUGGACUCUUGCAUGGGUGACAGUGGAGGACCGCUUGUGUGCGAGCAUACUGCAGGGCGCUGGACUUUGUUUGGUUUAACAUCUUGGGGCUCUGUCUGCUUUUCCAAGGUUUUGGGACCUGGAGUUUACAGCAACGUGUCACAUUUUAUUGAGUGGAUUGAAAGACAAAUAUACAUCCACACCUUUCUGCUAAACUAACUCCAGAUGGUAAGAAUUGUGCUGAUGGACAAAAGAAAAAUGGAAUCAGGUCUUCAACACUGAAGGUUUUGCAGUCCAGUAACUCUGUGAAAAGGAGUUUCAAGCUCUAUCUAGUCUUGGUGUGGAGCUAUGGAAUAUGCAGUGUAUGUUACUGGUCAGUCCUCUGCUCCUGAAUAUAGUUUGUGGUAGAAUUAAUAAUCCUUUUGACUUUUCUUUUAACUGUGUUGUGGUGCUAUUCUAAACACUGCAAAAAGCUUAAAAGAAAAGAAUCAACCACUUUCUGCCUUUCAGCUAUUAAAACUAAGUAGUAGCACAGAUUAGAAAAACUUUUUAAAAUAGCCUAUUUUAAUACUAUUCAAUUAGUAGCACAUGCAUUUUCACUCACUUCUUGUGAUGGGGAAGGAACUUUGUGCAUUCAUAUGGCACCGCAGGACACACCUUCACAAGCACUGCCCACGGGGCCAUACCACAUGUUGGAGGGUGUGGAAGAGAUUGAUGGGUUUGUACAUCCAUGUGGCACAGGACACAUCAAAGCACACGUGCAGGUCUCAAAGCUGUGUAGCCAUAAGCUCCUGGCAUGCCUGAGCUAAUGCAUUUUAUCCCUCUGGGUGGUUAAUUUGCAUGGGCAUCACCCUGUACUGUGCCGAUUCCACAGCUUCUGUUCCCAGAGCCAGCUUGGGCAUCUCUUUGGGGUGAUGGAGGAACCAGUAGGCCAACAGACCCAUAACUAUCAGUGGAGGCACUAGAGACCAAAACUUCAGACUCUUAAGACAGCCUCUAGCAGUUAAUCUUCUGAAGCUUCCAAUGUCCUAAAGUGUCCAGGAAACAGCCACGUCUCAGCAGCACUACACUGAUCAGUGCAUUUAUCCAACCUGUGCCCCACUGGCUUUCCUCCCCACUUUGUAUCAUGUGUUCAGCAUACAAAGCAUGCACUGACCAUCUUCAGCCCUCUAAAAACAUAAGAGCAUUGGCAAUACCACUGCAAUGGUUUCCCCUCCUAGAGUCAGAUAGUUUGGACAUGUUGUGAGAGAUGGAAAAUGCAGAUUUAAAAUGCAAAAGAUGCAGUGUGGGCACUGUCCCAAAUAUUGGGGAAUUGGUUAAUUUUUAUAGGUAUCUUCUUGUACCUUGUACUUAAAGUUUAAUUUUGACUAGCAAGGUAAAAUACUUGGGAAGAAGAAGAAAGCAGAAAGAAAUUGAGUGAUAGAAGGAUUGGGAUUCCAGCUUCUGUUCAAAUGAGUAUUAGAAAUAUGAGAAGCAAAGUACAACAUGGGUGGAAGCCAGAUGUGCUCUAUACAGUAGUAAGACACUAAUACUCCAAGAGAAUCUGGUUGGAAAAGAUUAUAAUGGAAUUUAAAAAAUGGAAUUAAAAUGGAAUUAAAAGAUUAUAAUGGAAUAUAACCUUUUUAUGGUGUUAGAGGGAAGUGCGUCCUGUCAAGUGCGGUAGAUAAUGUCCUGCACAGCUAUCAGCUCUUAGGAGGCCAGAAUAGGACGAGUCAGAAAUCUGAGGAUUACAGGAUAAAUUCCACUGGGAAACAGUGCAUUUAAAAUUUGUAUUUUCAAUGCUGUGCCUAGUCCCCUGUGAAUCCAGCCUAAGGCACAGAAUAACCCUCUCUGCUACCUCUGGCAUGGCCCCAUGACAGCAUGGCAUGGCCUUGCCAAUAGCAUGACUGCCACAUGUGGAAACAUGCAUUGAAACACCUAACACAUGGCCAUUUCAGGUACUAUUCAUCAUGUUGCAACUCAUCUGCAUAGAUCUCUUGCUUUCAUGAAGGUUUAUCUCUUCUCUCCUUAUCUUCUCCUUAAACAUUGCUAACAUUAGAACAUUAGUCACAGUAGACUGCACUGUAGACACAGGUAUUAAUAAAUACUCAGUAUUUAUGUUACAGAUUCUGAACCUAUUUAAGUGAUUAUUGUAUCACUGUUCAUGCUCAGAAAGAAAACAGUCUGAGGCUUUGCUAGGUUUGAUUGUUGGGGGAUUUUUAAACUUUUAAUAUAUUAAGGAUAUAACAUUUAAAUACUGUUCUUCCCCCAGCUAUAAAUGAGACAAAGCAGCUGUGACCAUGUUUACCUAGUGCAAGUACACUACAGCUGAGGCAGGUUAUUAAAGCCCUUGCCUCAAGGAUAUGCAGGCUGGAGCUCUCAGUCUUCACUUCAGCUUUCCUCUGAGGCAGGGAUUUAUCUCUGUGGCUGUAGGGCAGAAAAGCUCUGAGUCCCAGAGCUGGUUAUCAGAGUUCCCUGAGCAGGAGGUGGCCUAGUGGGUGUUAGAGCCAGCUGGCUGGUGUCAGACAGGUUCUGGCCAGGUCUGUUUCCAAAGAGGUCCUGUUGCACAAUGAACAACCCAGCCUGGCUCCACCAGAUACGAUGGUUAGCAGCUUUGAACUUUGUAAAGCACCAGAGUACAUAAAAUCAUUCAUGUAGAUAUUAGCAUUACCAAAUGAUAACAUGUCAACUACACAUUUUAAUUACUAUAGGAUUUGGCCUACCAACAGAUUCCAAGCAGUCCCUCCCAGGAAAUGAGGGAGAGUCCUGCUUAAACAUAAGGUCCAGCCCCAUCCUAUAUGGGAUCAGUCAGAAGAAAUUCCAGGCUGAACCCCAUCCCAAAUGGCUUUAGGAGGGAGCACUUGGGUCUCAUCCUUUCCUGUGACUGUGUCUGACACAACAUUCCAUGUAAAGAGGAAAUUUGUAAUUUUAUAAAAGUAUUUUUAUACUGUUUUUUAAAUGUGUGCACAAGAAAUAGGCAAACAUGCUCCCCUUUCCACUGUAUCAAGCCUUUUCCUGUGUGCUGACAUAAUGGCUAUGAUCACAAUUAUGAUGUUUGUCUCACAGGUGUAGCCUCAUUGCAAGGUAACAUUUGUUGGUUUGGCUUCUACCACAACUGUAUCUCCAAAUGGAAGCAAUGCCACUCAGUCAAUGGGUUUCUUUCUAGUUGUUCUAAUAAAAAUUUACAAUCAUUUUCC